AGCUGGCACAUCUCUCUCAAUCUCCCUGUUUAAUUUCUUGUUUACUGCUGGCUUCUAUAUUGUUCAUCGUUCUCUUCGCCCCUUCUGGCCUUGUCUAGUUCUCUUUUUAUAACUGAAAAAAAUUCAUUAUAUCUGUCCUUCACUUGGCAAUUAAUUAGAUGCUUUAUCUGUAAUUGUAACUGAAGCCCGCAUAUUUAUCCAGAAAAAGCCCAUUAAAAAAAAGUUCCUGUUUUUCUUUCCCCUAAACAACCCUUCAACAUGUCUCUCAAACCAGCUUAAAUCCCAUCGCCAAUCUUCUCAAGUUUCGAUUUUUCAGUGCUAAAACUAGUUUUUAUCCAUUGUGAAUUAUACCUAGACUGAACCCACAUUGUAAAUUAGUUUUUUUCCCUCCUGAUUCCCAGAAAGAUUUGACUUUGUUGAAGAUGAAGUUGAGAUUGAGGUCACCAAAGGUUGUCCAAGACAGCUCUGUGGCAGGGGAGGCUGAAGUGGAUGAAAGGUCGAGCCAGAGCUGUUGGGCUAAUAUGCCAUCAGAGCUGUUGAGGGAGGUAUUAAUUAGGAUUGAAGAAUCUGAAUACAAAUGGCCUUCGAGGAAAAACGUGGUGGCAUGUGCAGGAGUGUGUAGGGGCUGGAGGGAGAUUAUGAAGGAGGUGGUAAAAACUCCUCAAGUUUCUGGGAGGAUUACUUUUCCUAUAUCUGUUAAACAGCCUGGUCCGAGAGAUACUCUCCUGCAGUGCUUCAUAAAAAGGAAUCAGUCUUCGCAAACGUAUCAUCUUUACCUGAGUUUAAGUCAGGCAUUGGCUGAUGAUGGGAAGUUUCUUCUUGCUGCCCGCAGAUGUAGGCGACCUACCUGCACUGAUUACAUCGUCUCUCUAAACACAGAUGACAUGUCUAAAGGAAGCAAAACUUACAUAGGAAAAUUGAGGUCAAAUUUUCUGGGAACGAAGUUUGUUGUAUAUGAUGCACUUCUUCCCCAUGCUGGCAAUAGAAUGGCAAAAAGCCGAUCCACUAGGCUGGUAGGGACAAAGCAAGUGUCUGCUAGAAUCCCUCCAGGCAACUAUCCUGUCGCUCACAUUUCUUAUGAAUUAAACGUGCUGGGAGCUCGUAGGGGUCCAAGAAGAAUGCACUGCGUCAUGGACCAGAUCCCAGCAUCUUCUAUUAAGCCUGGAGGUGUGGCCCCAACACAGAUCGAUUUACCCACUGGCAGUGCUGAUUACUUCCCAUUAUUCCGGUCAAAAUCAAGCAAGUUUGAGAAAUCCGUUUCUAGCCCUUCAGAUGAUCCGACAGAGGGAUCCUUAGUUUUGAGAAACAAGGCUCCAAGAUGGCAUGAACAACUCCAGUGCUGGUGUUUGAACUUCCAUGGACGGGUGACAGUCGCUUCAGUCAAGAACUUUCAGUUGGUAGCUUCACCUGAGAACGGCCAACCCGGGCCAGAACACGAGAAAGUCAUCCUCCAGUUUGGCAAAGUAGGAAAGGAUGUAUUCACAAUGGAUUAUAGGUAUCCAAUCUCGGCUUUUCAAGCGUUUGCCAUCUGCCUUAGCAGCUUUGACACAAAGAUUGCGUGUGAAUGAAGAGGAGUUUGAUAAUUAUCCUUGUGUAUUCUGUGUGACCUGCUUACAGUCUAAGGCAUGCUUGUCUUUUCAUAAUACCAAGUAUAUUUCUGGAGUAAUACACAUACAAUGUAACAUAAUUAACUCUGGAUGCUAUUCCCCAGAUUGUACAGAGCAUUAGUGUUCCCUUUGCCUGUUUAGUCACAGUUAUUCAAAAAGAAUAGCUAUUUCUUUUUUCUUCAA